AUGGCAUCGGGAGGCGUGACAUUUGUGACGCCCCCGCGGGUCACCAACUCGUCGCCCACUUUCGUGAUCGACAGCAGCUAUGAGUUGCCGAAGAUCUCGUCGGCCAAUAGCACCGCAAACAACGCCAACCAUCGCACCGGUGAUGGACACCGUCUGAAGACGUGGAAUGAGUUGUCUCAUGAACUGCAGACCAAUAAGAGGUGUUAUAGUGUGUCAUAUAAUAAGGCAAAUGAGACACAAGUGGUCCGCAAGAGAAGUGAUGGCAAUCAUCGCAAACGAAGACAUUCUUUUGGCGCCAACUCUGCGGAGAAGUUGAAGAGACGUAAAGACCGGAUAGUAUUGCCCACGAAGUUCUUGUUGGGCGGCAAUAUCAGUGACCCCUUAAACCUCCUCAGUUUGGACAACAGCGCCAAUCAAGUGACCCCUCAGUCGUCUCCAUACCCGACACCCAAACACAAGACUGAAGUGGAGGUCUUGAUUCCGGCCAACAUUAAUGAUCCCUUGAAUCUGAACAGUUCUGGUGAUGUCGACGAGUCGUCUAUUAUUUCCCCCAAAAUUAAGGCCAAAUCGAGGAAAAGGAAGCGAAAGCGAACCGACUCUGAGACCACCGCAGAGGCCGCCAAUGAGUCGACGGAAUCUGUCGUUAAUAAGGACUCCGUCACUGAAUCCAAGAGUAAACCUGAAAACCCAACCAAACCUCUCAAACUUCGGAUCAGCGAUAGUAUUAAGACUAUUGAUAAGAUUGUGUCUCCAGUUAUCCCUCAAGGGUUGGGUUCAAAACACAGACGUUUUGUGGACAACACAUCGAAACCAGUUGUCAAUUUCUUGUUGGGCGGCAAUAUCAGUGACCCCUUAAACCUCCUCAGUUUGGACAACAGCGCCAAUCAAGUGACCCCUCAGUCGUCUCCAUACCCGACACCCAAACACAAGACUGAAGUGGAGGUCUUUAUUCCGGCCAACAUUAAUGAUCCCUUGAAUCUGAACAGUUCUGGUGAUGUCGACGAGUCGUCUAUUAUUUCGCCCAAAAUUAAGGCCAAAUCGAGGAAAAGGAAGCGAAAGCGAACCGACUCUGAGACGACCGCAGAGGCCGCCAAUGAGUCGACCGAAUCUGUCGUUAAUAAGGACUCCGUCACUGAAUCCAAGAGUAAACCUGAAAACCCAACCAAACCUCUCAAACUUCGGAUCAGCGAUAGUAUUAAGACUAUUGAUAAGAUUGUGUCUCCGGUUAUCCCUCAAGGGUUGGGUUCAAAACACAGACGUUUUGUGGACAACACAUCGAAACCAGUUGUCAAUGUGGAGGCAUUUGUGGACAAACCCGAGACAAAAGUGAAACAUAAGAAACACCACAAAAAUAAGUCAAAAGAACCGCAUUUCAGAGCAAAAGAUGAGAGCUUUCGGUACGGAAAUUAUAACCGGUAUUACGGCUAUAGGAAUGCCAAUCAAAACGAUUGUCGUCUCGAUUGCCUUAAGAGUGAGUGGUUUCGCAACAAAGAUGUUCUCGACAUUGGCUGUAAUGUCGGACACAUCACAUUAGCUAUCGCUAAGAACUUUGAUCCCAAAAAGAUUGUCGGUAUAGAUAUCGAUAACUCUCUCAUAAAAAUUGCCAACAAAAAUGUCAGACAUUAUAUAACAUCCACUGUUCUUCAGACACAAGACUUUCCCAUUUCAUUGCCUUUACUUCACGGGCCGUUGGCCUCAACCGCAUCGCAUGAUUCAGAUGAAGACAACACUUGUUUUUUUCCCAAAAAUGUGUGUUUUAUUACCGGAAACUAUGUAUCAGAAAGUGAUGAGACAUUGAGUAUUCAGAAGCAACAGUUUGACACGAUUUUGUGCUUAAGUCUAACCAAAUGGGUUCACUUGAAUUGGGGCGACACUGGAGUGAAAACGCUAUUCAAACGCAUCUUUUCUCAACUCCGACCCAACGGUAAACUCAUUUUAGAGGCGCAACCCUUCUGUUCAUAUAAAAAGAAAAAGAAAAUCAAUCCGUAA